AAGGGGCCCCUGCAGAGCUUCCAGGCCCGGCCCGAUGACCUGCUCAUCAGCACCUACCCCAAGUCCGGCACCACCUGGGUGAGCCAGAUUCUGGACAUGAUCUACCAGGGCGGUGACCUGGAGAAGUGUCACCGAGCUCCCAUCUUCAUGCGGGUGCCCUUCCUUGAGUUCAAAGUCCCAGGGAUUCCCUCAGGGAUGGAGACUCUGAAAGACACAGCAGCACCACGACUCCUGAAGACACACCUGCCCCUGGCUCUGCUCCCCCAGACUCUGUUGGAUCAGAAGGUCAAGGCAUCUGAAGAAGCCUCUCUCAGGGCAUUGGAAAGUCUGAUGACAGAAUUUUUUCACGAUUGUACAACCAAUGAAAGAAAACGUGAGAUAGAGGAGCUUCUUAAUAACUUUGCCCAGCAAAUAGGAGCCUGGAGAUUCUGCCUGUACUUUCUCUCCAGCACUAGGAAUGACUAUGUAAUGAUGUACAGUUUAACAGUUUUUGAGAAUCUGAUCAAUAAAAUGUGGCUUGGGGUCCCAUCUCAGGAUAAGAUGGAAAUCCGUAGCUGCCUGCCCAAACUCCUUUUGGCUCACCAUAAAACCUUACCUUACUUUAUCCGGAACAAGCUCUGCAAAGUUAUUGUUGAUAUUGGACGUCAGGAUUGGCCUAUGUUCUACCACGACUUUUUUACUAACAUUUUACAGUUGAUCCAGUCCCCUGUGACAACCCCCCUUGGGCUGAUCAUGUUGAAGACAACUUCAGAAGAGCUGGCUUGUCCCCGUGAGGACCUCAGUGUGGCUCGGAAGGAGGAGUUGCGGAAGCUGCUACUGGACCAGGUGCAGACAGUGCUUGGGCUACUGACAGGUAUCUUGGAGACUGUCUGGGACAAACACAGUGUUACUGCUGCCACUCCACCACCAUCCCCGACCUCAGGAGAAAGUGGUGACUUACUGAGUAACCUGUUGCAGAGUCCCAGUUCAGCCAAACUGUUGAAUCAGCCAAUUCCCAUCCUUGAUGUGGAGAGUGAGUAUAUCUGUUCCCUGGCUUUGGAGUGCCUGGCCCAUCUCUUCAGUUGGAUUCCUCUGUCUGCCAGCAUCACCGCAUCCCUCCUUACCACCAUCUUCCACUUUGCACGAUUUGGCUGUGACAUCCGGGCCAGAAAGAUGGCGUCAGUUAACGGCAGCAGCCAGAACUGUGUCUCGGGUCAGGAGCGCGGCCGGCUGGGGGUCCUGGCCAUGUCCUGCAUCAAUGAACUCAUGUCCAAGAACUGUGUGCCUAUGGAAUUUGAGGAGUAUUUACUGCGUAUGUUCCAGCAGACUUUCUACCUCCUGCAGAAAAUCACCAAGGAUAACAAUGCCCACACAGUGAAGAGCAGACUAGAAGAGCUCGAUGAGAGAAUAUGGGGCUCCUGGUGAGGAACAGAAAGGUAGGUGUGUGCCAGUAAGUCUGAGAUUAGCUGGAAGGGCUUGGGUGGUUAAGGGAAGUGACUGAGUUUGAAAAAUGCUUGUGCCUUGUGUAGGUUUGUUGUCUUUUCUCCCCAUCCAUCUCCUGUCCUCCUUUCUACUCCUCUUGCCCCCUUUUCCUUACUAUUUGCUUGCAGGUCUGAGGUGGUGCAGGGACUGAGACUGCUGCUCCUGCAUAGCCAAGAACAGGAGAAGAGGUCCGUGGAGGUACAGGAGUUAUAAUCGCCUUUUCUCACUUGGUGUCAGUUUU